GUAAGAUGGUAAUGCAGGUCAAGAGACUGAAGUGGAAGUUUCGAGGCAAUCACACCAUAUUGGUGGAUGGGCUCCCAGUUGAAGUGUUUUGGGAUGUCCAUAACUGGUUAUUUGGCAAUGGUAUGGGCAAUGCGGUUUUCAUGUUCCAAACUUGCCUAUCUGCAGAGAAAUUAUGGACAAGCCAAUCCGUUUUUGAACCCUCUGUAUUGACUUGCUCUUACUCCCAGCGAUUCAGAGACUACCAAUUACAAGGUCUUGGUUUCUCACUUAUAUUGUAUGCUUGGAAGAAUGAAUGAAACUGUAUGUUAAAUUGUUGUGAUUUAGCAGAUGUUUCCUGCAAUGUUUUCAAGAAGGAUGUGAUAGAAGAAACAGUAAAUGCCAUUAUAAGUUUACCCA